GCAGCAGCAGCAGCAGAGGGAGCUUGCGCUCAGCGGCCCGGGAGUCGGUCUCAGGGCGAAAAGGAGCAGGGCCGGCGAGAGAGCGUCCGCGGGAAGGAGCGCGGAAGCUGGCUCCCGGCCGAGAAGAGGGGAGGCACUGAAAGGACGCCUGGAAGAGGAAGAUGCCGAGUACGGACCUUCUGAUGUUGAUGGCUAACAAACGUGAAAAGAUGCUCAACAUAACUAAUCAUUAGAGAAAUGCAAGUCAAAGCCACAAUGAGGCAUCACCUCACACCAGUCAGAAUGGCCAUCAUCACAAAAUCUAGAAACCAUAAAUGCUGGAGAGGGUGUGGAGAAAAGGGAACCCUCCUGCACUGUUGGUGGGAAUAAGGCCUUUGAGCCCUACUUCGAGAUUUUGGAAGUGUAUUCCACAAAGGCCAAGAAUUAUGUAAACGGGCUUUGCACCAAGUAUGAGCCCUGGCAGCUAAUUGCGUGGAGUGUCGUGUGGACUCUGCUGAUAGUCUGGGUAUACGAGUUUGUCUUCCAGCCAGAGAGUGUAUGGUCAAGGUUUAAAAAGAGAUGUUUUAAGCUUAUCCGGAAGAUGCCUAUUAUUGGACGCAAGGUAAGCAGAAUCUUAUAGAUUUUCCCUACCGCCCACUACACCUAUGGUCAUCAAACCUCUUUCUUUAUAGUUACUGAAACUAGAAGUUCAAGGGGAAUGGGUGAGUUUUGUCCCCCACCUCCAGGAGACAUUUGACAACGUCUGGAGACAGUUGUGGAUAUCCCAAGCGGAGGUGGGUGCUGUCGGCAUCUAGUGGACAGGGGCCAGAGAUGCUGCUGAGCGUCCUCCAGUGAACAGAUUCAAGAUAAGUUGAACAAGACCAAGGAAGAUAUUAGCAAGAACAUGUCAUUCCUGAAAGUGGACAGAGAGUAUGUGAAAGCGCUGCCCUCUCAAGGCCUGAGCCCGGGUGCAGUUCUGGAGAAGCUCAAAGAAUACAGCUCUAUGGAUGUCUCGUGGCAAGAAGGGAAAGCCUCCGGAGCGGUGUACAGUGGGGAGAAGGAGCUCACUGAACUCCUCGUGAAGGCUUAUGGAGAUUUUGCAUGGAGUAAUCCACUGCAUCCAGAUAUCUUCCCAGGACUACGUAAGAUAGAGGCAGAGAUUGUGAGGAUGGCUUGUUCUCUGUUCAAUGGGGGACCAGAUUCCUGUGGAUGUGUGACCUCUGGGGGGACAGAAAGCAUUCUGAUGGCCUGCAAAGCUUAUCGGGAACUGGCUUUCGAGAAUGGGAUCAAAACUCCAGAAAUUGUAGCCCCCCAGAGUGCCCAUGCUGCAUUUGACAAAGCUGCCAAUUAUUUUGGGAUGAAGAUUAAACGGGUUCCACUGAACAAAAUGAUGGAGGUGGACAUUCGGGCAAUGCGAAGAGCCAUCACCAAGAACACUGCCAUGCUCGUGUGUUCUGCCCCCCAGUUUCCUCAUGGUGUGAUAGAUCCUGUCCCCGAAGUGGCCAAGCUGGCUGUCAAAUACAAAAUACCUCUUCAUGUGGACGCUUGUCUGGGGGGCUUCCUCAUCGUCUUUAUGGAGAAAGCUGGGUACCCACUGGAGCAGCCAUUUGAUUUCCAGGUGAAAGGUGUGACCAGCAUUUCAGCUGAUACUCAUAAGUAUGGCUACGCCCCCAAGGGCUCUUCGGUGGUGCUGUACUCUGACAAGAAGUACAGGCACUAUCAGUUCUUCGUUGCGACAGACUGGCAGGGCGGCAUCUACGCUUCCCCAGCCAUUGCGGGCUCACGGCCUGGUGGCAUUAGUGCAGCCUGUUGGGCCUCCUUGAUGUACUUCGGUGAGAACGGCUACAUUGAAGCUACAAAGCAGAUCAUCAAAACCACUCGCUUCCUCAAGUCAGAAUUGGAAAAUAUCAAAGGCAUCUUUGUUUUCGGGAAUCCUCAAUUGUCAGUCAUUGCUCUGGGCUCCUGUGAUUUUGACAUCUACCGACUAUUCAACCUGAUGAGUGCCAAGGGCUGGAGUCUGAAUCAGUUGCAGUUCCCACCCAGCAUUCAUUUCUGCAUCACGUUGGUACACACCCGUAAGCGGGUAGCCAUACAGUUCCUAAAGGACAUCCGGGAAUCCAUCACUCAAAUCAUGAAGAAUCCGAAAGCAAAGACCACAGGAAUGGGUGCGAUCUACGGCAUGGCCCAGGCUACCGUCGACAGGAACCUGGUGGCAGAGUUGUCCUCCGUCUUCUUGGACAGCCUUUUCAGCACAGACGCUGUAACUCAGGGCAGCCAGAUGAAUGGAUCUCCAAAACCCCGCUGAGCGGGGAGCCUCCGUAGCCCCGAGGGGCGUCUGGCCUUCAGAAGGUUCUCGGGGUGUGGGACAGGCCACACGGUUUCAACAUCUGAUCUUGCUCCGUAGAGUACAGCGAAACAGACCAUGAGACAGCUUGAUCCUCAGGGUUCUUGUUUCCAUCCUUUUGUGGUUUUUAAUGUGAAGACCCCGAAGGAUUCCAUGACAUAAUUAUUUGGCCCUUGUUCUAAAUGUUACCCUGGGACUUGUUUUAACCAUCUCCUUCUCUAACCUCUCUUGCUCUCAGCUUCACUUAAUCACGGUGUGGUAGCUCUGACCUGUUCUGACUCCUUAGGGAUGCUGGGCUAGUUUACGAGAUAGGCUCGGGCAGAUGGGCUAGUCAGACAGGAAGCAAUCCAUACCUGACGUUCCCCGCGGUGGGCUGAGGUGGGCUCGCUUCUCCAGCCCUCCCCUGUGAGUGGCCAGUCGUCUCUGAGUCCCUUCUGCUGCAGCUUGUAUUGUCUUCUGAGGACACGGGUUGGCUGCCAUUGUUGCUGUUGUGCGGGGCUGGCGUGGUCAAGCGGGUCUGCCUGCUCCAUCUACCAAGGCAGGGUCUGGAGCGGUUGCCAGUCCUCGUCUGUGCUUGUGGUCCCCAUGGGAUACCUGGCUGUCAUCCUCCAAACACGAGAGGAUGCAGUUUUCAGAGAAUCUAGGACUUACUGGCCCUGGUGCUGCCUCUCUGAAUUGGCAAUGUUAGAGGACACCUGACCCUCUCCUGAGCUGGUGAUGACUGGAACCAGACCCUUUUCUGUACUUUUCUGAGGAUCAGAGCGGGAUGAGCAUCCGCAUCCACGUGUGUCACCAGAGUUGGCAGCAGUCCUCCCCUCCUGCCGCUCUAAGCCAUCACGUGUGUUUAUUUUUUGUUUGCCUGAAGGAACAGCUCAAAGCACCUUCACAAGUUGCCUUGACUUACCCAAGGUGGGUGUGAGGAGAGCACAAGAGAGCCCCCAAGGCAAGGAGAACUUCUCUCCAUCACUGUGUCCCUCCUGCCCCUUCCCCCUUCAUUCAGCGCCCAAACGUACGACGGCCGUUAAGCCUCAGGUACGGGAUGCUCCUCGGCCCUGGCUAGGAGGAGAUAAACUUUCUGGAUUAGGAAGACAUGAUGGCAAGUGUCAGUUGUGGCCUAAGGCCUAGGAUUCCUUCAAUUAAGACUAGCUGCUCAGGGGGGCGCAGGGACAGGACCCAACCCUGCGCCCACUUCCUACCCUCUGCCCCCCUUGCGGGGCCCUGAUCUAGGUUGAGCCACUGUCCUACUCCGAUGACGACACACCGUGUGCCUUCUUCCUCAGCGGUGACAGGCUACUCCUGACCCAGGCUCGAGGGGAACGGGCUCAGCCUUUGAGGAUUUUAUCUAGGUAGGGGUAAGUCAGGAGGAAUGUUCCUUUGUUCUGCUACCUUUCUCAGGGACUCCUGAAUAUUCAGCCUCUUCAGGCUGGUCUCCUCUAGUCUCCUUCACUGGGAAUGCUGGCCAGGAGAGCCACAACGCCUGGACUUUCCCCGAGCUCCUUGGCACGUUGGUCUGAAGUGUUCUUCAGCUCUGUACUUCCUCCGCAGUAACUCUGACAAGCAGGCCAUGUCUUUGCAGGGCUGGUGUGGUGUGUUUCUGUCUUUUGUGGGUUCCAAAGAUGGUUGGGGUGUGUUUGUGGUAGAGGCUGAGAUCCUUUGGACAUGGGAGUCGCGUUGCCCCUGGUUGCUGACCUGCUAGGCACCUGCUGAGAGAGACUGUGCGUGAACCGUCCCUGGAUCUCCAGUGCGUUCAUUGUGCUGGAUGAAGUCCAGGGAGCCAGAACCACCCAGCACCACUGUGUUUGUCAGCUGCUAAAAUGGAGAAGCACAUGCCCUGCACAGUGUGGUGUUGCUUCCGGUGUCUCCCCGGGACCUUCCUCUGCGCGCGCUGUGACAUUGCAGCUGGGGCUACAGGUGGUGAUGGUGUUUUUCAAAGGGACCUGCUGUUGCCACGUUAAUUUAUGAUUACGAGCAUGAGUCUGACUUAACACUUGCGGGCUUUCUACUCAGUAUGUACCCGUGCACAUCAGUAACACCUAGUCUGGCAGAGGGGGGUGGGGUGUCUUGAUGAUAUCCUGUUGCUAGCAGAUGUCACACUGGCCUCUGCAAAAACUGUACUCUCGUUUGUGGGUUAGAAUUAGUCAUGUGACUAUGCUGCCAUGUCACUUUUAAUAUGACCAGUUUUAUACUUGGAAAAUGGUACUUGCCUCUUUUAGGUCUUUUCUGUCUUUAACCUCCCUCUUCGCCAUCUCAAGGCUCCCUUCCUAAUUGCAGCAAUAAUCUCUUAAGAAGCAAUUAUGUAAUAAAAUGUCCCAAAUCUUAAUCAUC